AUGGUUGGCGGUGUGAAUGAUACCUGUGGAUGCGAUACUCUGAUAGCAAAAGACCUGAUUCUCGCAAUCAAGAAGGACGAUUUCCUGGAAGCCAUGUUGGCAUUAGCAGCCGACGACGAUUCAGCUGUGCCAGCGAAGAUCCUACGAAAGAAUCAUGUGAAAUGCGUGAGCCGCGCAAUCGUUCUCGGACGAUUGAUCGAUUUGGAAGAAUUGCCAUGA